AUGGUCUUAACAUCACCAGAGCACAGCUCCGGCUCCGGUUCCGGCUCACCGAAGCGGCUAACUCUGGGCUUGCUCAUGUCCAUAUCAUCCCUCAUGGCUCUCUGCGCCAAGCAUGCAACCAGAGUCUCCACCAAGCUCAAGCCCACGGCCACCAAGUCCACCCACCACCACCGUGACGGCGACAAAACUCCAAAACUAAUGUCGCCGAAAUCGCCUCUAGUCCGCCCGAAGCAGCUGUUGACGCAGAUAAGCAACAAGGCAAUCUCGUUUAUUCACAACAAGAAACGAGCGGACGAAGACGACGACGUUGUGGAGUCUGACGAGUUCGGGGACGGUGGGGUUUGGCAGAAGUCGAUCUUGAUGGGGUAUAAGUGCCAGCCGUUAGAUUUUUCGGGUGUAAUUUAUUAUGAUAGUAGCGGGAAGCAGCUUAACGAGGUUCCUCUCCGAUCACCGCGUGCCAGUCCUAUUCCAGGAUACUUGACUUGCGGGAAAUAG